AUGAUAGGAGGGCCAUUGCUACUUAGACUCUAUUUCUUACAUGGAGCUUCUGCUGCAAUUUUCGGCUUUGUCAUAGUAAGCUCCCAAGUUGCCUAUGCCAAGGACAAUCAAGCCAUGACUUAUUCUAUUAUGCUGCAGUUUCAAAUUUGCGUGUCCUUCUUUGCUACAUUAACUUGCGCACUCGGAAGCCUGAUAAAUCAGGAUUUCACGGCAAUGCAUAAAGAAGCAAGAGAAUUUGGAUUCGGAGCGCAAAUGUACUACUUGGUGCUGGUUUCAAAUAUGGUAGUUUGGCAGAUGGUGUUUGUUGGGAGAGAAGGCAUCAUAUUUUGUACCUCCUCACUCUUUGCUGGAGUUGUGGGAGCAAUUUUUUCUACUCUUUCCCAAAUUGCAGCAGUGAUAGUUUUCCAUGAGAAUUUCACAGGAGAAAAAGGGAUGGCCUUGGCUCCAACACUCUGGGGAUUCACUUCUUACUUUUAUGGUUCCUACCAGAAUACUAAGAAACCAGAGCCUGUAAAUCCAUGA